AUGCGACGUCUACACCACUUCCCACCGUCCCUUUGUGCUGCCACCCCUCGGCGCAAAGUCUCUUCCUCCCUGCACAAUCUAUCGCACCCUGGCAGUCGGGCUACCGACAAGCCGGUUUUCGACCACUUCGUUUGGUCUGGGAUGCACAAGGACCUGAAAGCAUGGACACGGGCGUGUCUUGGCUGUCAAAGGAAUAAGGUCCAACGGAACAACAAGGCCCCCAUCGGCACUUUCUCCACUCAGGAUGCACGGUUCAAGCAUGGCCACCUGGACAUCUUAGGUCCCCUGCCUCUGUCUAGUGGCCGUCCCUAUCUCUUCACCUGUCUGGAUCAACUCACCCGGCGGCCGGAUGAUACCGUUCUGUCUGAUGUUGCCGCUUCAACAGUCGCCAAGGCUUUCCUCAGUCGUUAGGUUGCAAUUUUCAGUCCCCCUUCUAUUACCCUAACUGACUGCGGUGCCCAAUUUGAAUCUAACCUCUUCCAGUCUCUUCUCUCCUUUCUAGGCUCUACUCGAAUCCGCACCACAGACUAUCAUCCGGCAGUCAACGGGAUAGUUGAGCAGUCUCACCGCCUGCUGAAGGCCUCCUACGUGUCGCAGACGAUCCGGGGAAAUGGACGGACCACCUCCCCUGGUUCUGUUGGGCAUUCGCUCCUCCCUAAAGUCAGAUCAUGACUGUUCCGCUACUGAAUUCGUGUUCGGUGCUACCGUCCGACUUCCCGUUCAGAUGAUCUCGCCAACCCCACCAGUUGCAGUCGAGGACCCUACCCCCUCCUGAACCGUCUCCGGCAUUUCAUGCGAGCACUUUCCCCGGUUCCGCCCGCGACAUGCUUUCGCGCCUAUCCCCGAUAUGGUCUAGUCCGCCGGUCACUGAAACCACCCUACAACGGCCCCUUCCGGGUUAUCUCUCAUGGGACGAAGACCUUCCGCAUACAACGCGGAACUCGCGAGGAAGGCGUGGGCUUGAACCGUCUCAAAGCUGCAGCUCCGGACACUCCUCAGAAUGAGCUCUGUGGCCGCCUACCCUCUUUCACCUCCCGAUCCUCUAUCCCACCGCCCGUAUACUCCCUCUGCUCCAAUGUCCGUGACCCUCAACUGCGAAUUCCCCCUCAUCGACCUCGAACACUGUAA